AUGGAAGGACGUAAGAGAAGAAGACGUGGGGACAGUAAGUGUUUAAACGUUUUUCUUCUGUAGAACCUUUGUUUUCAGACUUUUCAACAUUUUUUCGUCUGUCGGGAGAAAAAACUGAGUCCGACGAUUCUUCUGAAUCGGAAGGUGGCCAUGAGGAAAUUAUAGGCAUUGAUGUGAACUGCCGAUCGGAUUCUUCGAUUUUAUCAAGCUCGGACGGCGAAAACACCGAUGAGUUUCCAGGUUCGAAUAUGAACUCGCAUGAAUAAAUCCAUUGUUUUCCUUGCAGAAACCGUUGAGCGCACUAUUUGGGACCAAAUGGAUAUUUCGUCGAAUGAAGGCGAGCAAGAUGAUCGAUCAGUCUCCGUUGACUAUCGUUUGAUUGCUUACGUCAAUUUCUACCUCGACGAAGGAAUUUCGGCUGGCACAAUGAAAAGAAUGGACUCGUUAAUGUGCAUAAUAUAUGGACAUGAGUCGUCUGUAACGGUGAGUAUCUCAAAUCGAUUACCGCCGGAACUUGCGACGGUUUUUCAGCAUAAACACGUUCUCAAGUGGAUUAAAGAAAGAGAGAAAAGAUUUGUGAAGGCGAUCCGGUAUUACUGCAACAUGUGUGGUGUUGAAAAAGCAGGAAAGCGUGAUCGUUGCGUUCAAUGUCGCAGGUAAUCAGUUGACAUUUGAGUAAUGUUCCUUCUCCUAUUUACGUAGCCAGUUAUGGGAACAAAAUUAUUACUAGGCACCAGUCCGUUCUGUUGGGGACGGCCACCUUUCUGCACACACGAUUCGAAAAUCAACUGGAACUUGUGUUGAAAAACAGAGGCGUGGACAUUUUGAACGCUCAUGACAGGAUUAGAGCUGGCGCGGUAUGUGAAAUUAGUGCGAUAUGUUCAUUUACACCACAUAGUCUUAGAAUGAUUUCCAGCCGCACGACAUUCGACGUUUUCGUGGUUACCAGCAGAUGAUUGAAACGCAGGAAGAGUCGCAGAGAGGGGUUGUCAAUUUGAUAUGCACGCUCUCCUCUGAUGCAGCACGUUUUCGUCGUCUUUCGAAGUAAGUUAUGAGCCCACAAAUCAGAUUAGAUUCGAAAACCGGUGCAUGAUUUCCAGACGAGAAGCUACACCCGUUCUCUUGCGUUUGGAAGGACUCAACCUAGACGACAAAGCUUCCGGAAUGUCUAUGUCUCUAGUAGGUCUUGUUUUCGCAGAUGGAGGCGUAAAGAAGCAUCUUGUUGAUGAGUUUGUCGAACUGUGAGACUGACCACAUCGUCCCCGCAUCCUGAUUCAAUAGUUUCAGUGCCUGCAGUUCUGUUACCACUACAACUAUCUCCGUCACUUUAUCGGCUAGACGUUUCGAAUUCAGAAUAGUCAUCAUGGGCUAUAUGGCCGAUAUGAAAGUAGUUAUGUAUGCGACUCAACAGUUACUAAAACGUCUUGACUUACAGGAACAACACUCUCUUUGCAUGCUACCGAAUUGGCAUCAGCUGCAAGGUUGCUCCAAAUGUUUAACUACUGGGAAAAAGAAACAAAACGGUACUGUUUCCUACAACGACUUUUUUUCGAUCACCAGCUGA